AAACAUUAGAGAUUGUUAAAUGUAUUACCAAAUUUGUUUUAAAAAUUUGUGCCUUCUGUCACUCUUGUCUGUUAUCUCUCUCUAGUGACGUCGAUGGUGGAGGGAGUCUUGCGAUUAACUGCGGUUAACCAAGAUUGCUGUGGUACAUCUGCGGUACUUAAUGCCAGAGUUCGUGUUGCUAGAUUUAUGAAACUAUGUCUGAAAACAUUGAAAUUCGAACGAUUAUCGGCAACAGAAAUAUAAACCAAGUAUCAGACAGUCCCGUAACUGAUCCCGCAGCUGGAGCAAAGGGUUUGGAGGGAAGUAGUGCUUUCGUCUGCCAAAGAUCUAAGUUGGAGACUAAAACAAGUGCUUUAAAGAAAUCCAGUAGGUACAGAAGUAGAUCUCUAUCAGCAAGUUCUACAGAUUCAUAUAGUUCUGCAUCUUGUACAGGUAGUUCUAGUGAUGAUGAUGAUGUAUCACCAAGAGAAAAAGUUCAGAAAAAUACAGCCGGUACUUCGGAUUUUUGUGUUAGAAAUAUCAACCAACAUGCUUUUGGAAGAAGAGAGAUAGAAAUUGCUGAACAAGAAAUGCCUGGCAUCAUAGCUUUAAGAAAAAGAGCUGCAGAUGACAAACCUUUGAAGAAUGCUAAAAUAGUUGGCUGUACACACAUCAAUGCUCAAACAGCAGUUUUGAUCGAAACAUUGGCUGCUUUAGGCGCAAGUUUGCGUUGGGCUGCUUGUAAUAUCUACUCUACUCAAAAUGAGGUAGCAGCUGCACUGGCUGAAGCAGGCUAUUCAGUGUUUGCAUGGCGUGGUGAAACUGAAGAAGAUUUCUGGUGGUGCAUAGAUAAAUGCGUCAACGCUGAGAACUGGCAGCCAAAUAUGAUUUUAGAUGACGGAGGAGAUGCCACCCACCUCAUGCUUAAGAAAUACCCCGCCAUGUUCAAAAUGAUCAAAGGAAUAGUCGAAGAAAGUGUUACCGGCGUCCACCGUCUAUAUCAACUAUCAAAAGGUGGAAAACUUACAGUCCCAGCCAUGAACGUCAAUGAUUCUGUAACUAAAACAAAAUACGACAAUUUGUACAGCUGCAGAGAGUCCAUUAUUGAUAGCCUAAAAAGAUCUACUGAUGUUAUGUUUGGUGGAAAACAAGUUGUUAUAUGCGGUUAUGGAGAAGUUGGGAAAGGUUGCUCACAGGCUCUGAAGGGAUUCGGUUGUGUAGUUUACGUUACCGAAAUUGAUCCUAUUUGUGCUUUACAAGCUAGUAUGGAUGGAUAUAGAGUAGUAAAACUUAAUGAAGUGAUCCGUAAUGUUGAUAUUGUAAUAACAGCGACCGGAAACAAGAACGUAGUUAUGAGGGAACAUAUGGAUAAAAUGAAAAACGGCUGUAUCGUGUGCAAUAUGGGACAUUCAAACACGGAAAUUGACAUUAAUAGUUUGAGGACCCCAGAUCUAACCUGGGAGAAAGUAAGAUCACAGGUAGAUCAUGUGAUUUGGCCUGAUGGGAAAAGAAUCAUUUUAUUAGCUGAGGGAAGGUUAGUUAACUUGAGCUGUUCUAGUUUACCAUCAUUUGUGGUAUCUAUUACUUCAGCCACUCAGGCCCUAGCUUUGAUUGAAUUAUUUAAUGCACCUCCUGGAAGAUAUAAAUCUGAUGUAUAUUUACUGCCUAAAAAAAUGGAUGAGUAUGUAGCAAGUCUUCAUUUGCCAACGUUUGAUGCUCACUUAACAGAACUUACUGAUGAGCAGGCUAAAUAUAUGGGAUUAAACAAAGCUGGACCUUUCAAACCAAAUUACUACAGAUAUUAAAAUAUCAAUAGUUCUUUAGAUGAAAGAAGCGUUUUCUAUAGUUGCUUGUUUUUUAUUAAAAAUCUUGCUCACAUUUGUUUAGCUCUAAGGAAACUACCUUGCCCUUAUUUAGAUCUAAUCAGCUUUAUUUUUAGUAAAAUCCAUGCAACUGUUAUUAAUAAUUGUUAACCAAAGCGGAUAAAUUUGAUUAAAUAAUUGUUUGCGAAUUUUAAAUUAUUGACUGAAAUAUGUAGUUCAAUAUUUAUUUUUAGCAUAUUGUUAUUAUUUUUUAGUAUAAUUUGAUAUAGGUACUUCUAAAAUUUGUUCUGUUUACCACAGUUAACAUAAAUAAAUAAUAAAAAAAUGAAAAAUAUAAUAAAAAAAUAUUUAUAUAAUUUAUUAGGACAAAUGGAUGAGAUAAGUAAUACAUAACAAUUCGUAUUCAAUGUUUUUGUAAUACAGUGGAUUUUAUUAAUUUACAAAUGACCUAAAUAAUUGAUCAGCGGAAUACUGAUAAUUUUCUAUACAAACACAAAGCCUUAAGAAAGAUCGUAAAGUCAACUGCAGUAUUAUUAAUUCUAUAUUUAUAAGGAGAAGAAAGAUAUUAAUAAUAAAUGUAUUUUAAUGUUGUCUUAUGUAUUGAAUUACAUAGAUUACGCAGGGUAAUUUAACAGAUACAUAAUUACUAAUCUUAAAGACAGAAGUUGGAGGAUUCAAAAUUAUUGUAUAUCAUACUCCAUACAGUCUCCUCUCCUAACUGUUAAAUUUUAAGAAAGACUUCAUUGACAUGCAAUUUAUUUUAGAGCUUUAAAGAAUUUUUUACAAGUUUAAAGAUAUAAACUUAUGAUAUCUUUUAUAUUACCCUGUAUAUAAUAUGUAUAUUAUCACAGGCAGAAAUAUAUUUAAUAGUAAAUUGUAAGUAAGUAUAUGUCAAUUAAGGCAAUGAUAAAUAUUUCAUAUUUUAAAUACCUGGAUAAUUUUUUCCAAUAUUGGAAGAAGUAAAUUUAAAUAUUUCUAGAUUCUAAUAACUCAAAACAUAUACAAGAGAAUGACAGGCGCUUAUGAAUUGAAGCAUUUAAACAGGCUGAUUUAAAACUGAAGAAUGCAUUUCUGUAAUUAUUUUAUGUAUGCACAGUAUGUUUUAGAACUACUAAUUACAUCAAAUAUUCGAUUUGUUUGACCUCAUGUUUUUAAUCAAUCUGUAUGCGCGUUUAUAAUGAACAAAAAUGUACAGUGUGCCAAACGUGAAGAAAAAGGGUUAUAAACAGAUAUGUUUUUGUAUAUGAUUUUAGUUGUUACGGCUUUCAUAUUGCGCGGCAUUUUUGUUUAUAGCUAAUUAUGAACAUAUUGUAUAAAAGUAUUCUGAGUGUAAAAGUUGUAUGUAAUAAUUUAAAUAUAUACUUUGAUUAAGGGUGUAUAAAAUUAAAACUGUCCAGUUAACAAUAUUUGCCUAGUAGAUUUUAUUCUGUUGUUUAUAAUUAGAAGGUUUAUUCCAGUGUCCAUUCGAUCUAAUAGUCGAUAUACAGGGUAAUAAGAGAAGUUAUCUCAUGCUUAUGUAGCUGUCUCACUCCUAUAAACACUAGUCUUAUUUCAAUUGCCCUGUAUAGGGUUGUUUACAUUCGAAGUAUAUAUUAUACGAAUUUAUUUAAAUGCUUUCCUAUUUUGUUGUUAAAUAGAAAAUCUAUAAAUCUG